UACGACAUGCUUAUGAUUUUUCUUUGUGUUUUUCUCAUGCAUGAAUUAUUAAUGAUUUUUGAACGCCAUUUUAAAGGAUGAAUUUGUCAUUUUUGUUGUAGAAUAUUCUUGGUUAUGACUAUCGUUCUGAUAUAUACAGCGUUGGUAUCACAGCUGUUGAACUGGCAUACGGUGUUGCACCGUACAAAAAUAUGAGUGCGACUCAGGUAGAAGCCAAUUUUAAGCGUUUUGUUACAUAAUGAAUUAGAACACACAUAAUUUAUUGCGAGCCGAGGGAGAUUUGGUAUAACAUGAUUUUACCCUAACUUUAUUUUUGCCCUCCGUCUUCCUCCCCAACUCUUUUAUUUGCUUACAGUAACUAUAUGUACCAAACUAAUUACGCUUCUGAGCUUUAAUUGAAACUUAUGAACUUGUUACUGCGGUGCUCCCUCCUUUCGUGUCCACCACGAUUUAGGAAUAUACUUUUACUCAGCAUACGUACCUGCAGCAAUUACGUCCAGUAAAAUGUUCAGAAUAAGUCGUUUUGAAAGAUGUAAUAUAUAUCACUACCUGAAAAAAUAGAAAAUAUUUCGACGCUUCGAGCAAAGGCCUUAUGCUAGUCUUUUCAAUACUUUUUAUAUUCUGUGAGACGCUGCUUUUACUGAAAUCCCACAUUAGAGAUCUGGUUAUAGAAAUAUGAUUUUACACCAUACAGACUAUUAAUUAUUGACUUGCAUAUACGUCACUAUUUUAUAUAGUAUAUAUGACGAUCUGCUGCUAUAUGAUGUUAUCAGUGUAGGGCCAUUGUUAUAUUUUUUGUGAUACGAUUUUCAAAUCUGUACAGGUUCUACUGGCCAAGUUACAAGAAAAUGACAUAACACUAGAAUCUUUUCCAGAGACAAGUGUUUCACCAAGUGGAACAUCCUCUGGUGUCUCGGAUUCAGGGUUUGGAGACAGCAUAGGUGUAAACAGCUGCGAGCAGCAUGAGAAAGCAAGAAAUAAAAAGUUUUCUUCGUUGUUUUGCCAGGUAAUGACCCAUUUAGUUCACAUUCGGAUAACUCCCGUGACUAGUAAGAUUCAACGUCAUGAUCACGUGAGCAUGGCAGUGUUCUACUGCCCUUCACCGUAAGCGAAUGAGAUGCCCACAUUGGGAUAUUAAGAUAGGGACACAGAAUAAGAACCUUACGGAAGGUCGACUUCUAUGAUGGCGUAACCGUUUCAAUGCUGUAGCCAUGUGCCUAGCCAGUGCGCUUAUUGGAGACUAGGAACAUGGCGACUGCAUUUUGAUGACGAACUGUUGCGAAUCAAAGCGACCUUCUGUAAGGUUCCUAUUUUGCCAUAAGGAACUGAGGUACUCCUAUGCAUGAAUACACAACAUUAGCCGUAAUGCUUGGGUUAAAAUGCCUUUCUGCAGUAUCUAUUAGGUAUUAUACAAAGUGUCCCCAAAAAACCCAAACUAUUGAAAUAACGUAUUGUUAGAAUUUGAAUGCCUCAGCACUCUGCUGAACCCAGAAGUGCAUAAAAACUUGGCAUAAGUAAAUUUUAUGCAUGAAGAAACUGUUUAAGAAGCUGCUUUAAAUUCCCAAGAGCAGAAAAUCGUGCGCUUUACAAAGAUAUUUUAAUUUCUUAAUAAGUCAAUAUUUAUAAUGUAUGCACCCUGUCAAUAUUUUACGCAUCUUUGCGUUCAGCUUAGUGCUAUAGGGCAUUCAAGUUCUAACAGUACGUUAUUUCAAUAGUUUUUUUUUUUUGGGACACCCUGUAUAUAGUCGUCCAUUUCAAUGGAUUAUCAUUUUUAUGCUUCGCCUUUGUUCACAGUUUGUAAAUAUUUGCUUGCAAAAAGAACCAGAUAGUCGGUAAGUAGUAUGGUUUGCAUGUGUGAAUAUUUUGAACACACUUCUUUCUUUGCGUUUUAUUAAAUUUUUUAUUUUAAUUCUUUAUUGUAGACCUUCUGCUAGUACCCUGCUGAACCAUUCCUUCUUUAAACACGUAUGUAUAGGAUGCUUUUGGCGGUUACUAUUUCAUAUCUUUUUCGUGUUUUUAAUCUCGGAACCAUGCAUGCAGUAGGAAUAUUCGGUAUACCGAUAUACCGAAAAUAUGGGAAUUGAGACAAAUAUCGGUAUAUGAGUUUUUCAGUCAUACCGAUCGAUAUAUCGGAAUUUUUCGGCGUACCGUAUCAAAUUUGCACACCAUGCAUAUGGCGAAAUCAUCAAUUUUUGUUUUAAUUAAUUGAAAAGUAAAAGUAGGCAUUUCGUGUUAAAAACAAUGUCAACACUGACAACAGUAAACGGUGUUUCCACAUUCCAAAUUAUUCAAAAUCAAAAUUUCCUUCAAAUUUCCACCAAGGAAUUUUCCUAUCUAAUUUAAAUGGCGAAAAACCGGUAUACCGAUAAUAUCGGUAUAAUUUUCCGGUAUACCAAUACAGGAAAAUUCUCAUACCGAACAUUCCUAGGAACAACUCUACAUUAGCUGGGAUAUACUGUUCAUUUAACUUCUCCACUAUUAUCAAGUUAGAAGUAUAAAGUUAAGAAUAAUUUAAGAGGGAACUAAUUUCACUCUGCUAUUUACACCCAGGAAAAAUAAAGUUCACGUCACUAUACUGUAUAUGCGCAAUGGGUGCGUGGAUCUCCCACUAAUCACAAAAAUAUGACGCACGAUUCCUGUGCAGAAUCUUGAUAGAAAAAGAUUGCAAAUACACGCAAAGCAUUCUGGUAGUCACACACCGCAUGGAAAAAACUUUAAAGUUAUUUUUGGUAUUUUAUAGAAAAACGAAAAAUAAAAUUAUCGUUUAUUUGAUUUAAAUUAUUCUUAAAAUUCUAGGAUUAUAUAAAGGUAUAAAAUUCUUUAUAUUUGCAACGUUAAUAGUUGCGCAAUAUUGUUACAACUGUCAUUUCCACACGCAAUUUUAGUUUUAAAUUGUCUACGUGCGCGCAUAGUCUCCUCCGCAGGUCGGAGAUUCGUAACCCAGCCGCGGCAGGCAGAAUUUUCUGCUUUCGCGUUUUGGAAGCAUUCACUCGAGAACAUUUCAUUCUAUAUACAGGGUGGCUGCAUGCAUGUAUUUCUAGUUUAAAAUUUAUCUAAUGCUUGGGCAACUAAAUUAGGUUAAUUAAAUGGUAAGAACGUUAGAUAUAUCUGUGUGCUGUUUAGGCUAAAAAGAAAGUGAAAGAGACUUUACCUGAACUUUUGUUACCAGUUCUGCCUGCAACGUUUGAUAACAAUGGUUAGUGUUGUUUCUUUUUUGUAUAAUCUAUUUAUAAACGUAGGGCAUUGGCGUUCAGUAUAUGGCAUGAUUGCAGAAUAUUGCGAUUCAAGUGAGCCCAGUAGCUACUGUUUAAGGUAUUUGCUCAGGCCAAAUUUCACCUCUGAAAAGUCAAAUGUAAAAACAAAAAGCUAUCAUUAUAUGCCAAGUGUCAAAGUUCAUAUUUUCUUGCAACUUAUUGGGAGAGAGCGUAUGUCUCGCGAAAGUCACGAAAUUCGACUGUCUCCUGCGAACAUUUCUGAGGUAAUCUGAGCUGUGGAUAUUACUUUUAUUCACCGGUGAAUAAUAAAAUCGUCGAGUUUUAAAGGGAGAAUUAUGGAAGUUUUCCAUUUCUUUGUUUUAUUUGACACUUGGUAUAUAAUAGAAUACUUAUUGGCUGGGACUUUCGGGAAACAGUAUGUUUUUGUGGUAGCCUCGGGUCCAUUCUCGUACCCAGAGCCCUUCUUACGCCCGGUGCGACGAGGAGCUCUGGCCAAAUCCAUAUCCGAACUGGCAUCUGAUUGGCUAUAGUUCUAACACCGGAUAUUGUUUUCUUACCAUGUUUUUACGGUAUCCGGUUAUGGAUUUGGCCAGAGCCCCUCGUCGCAUCGCGCGUAAGAAGGGCUCUGGGUACGAGAAUGCCUCUGGUCCACAAAACAUACAACCUCGUACCCAGGGCUUCUGAGCUUGUGAAACGCGGGUACGCGAGGUUGCAAAACAUACUGUUUUCCUCUGUCCCAGUCAAUAAGUAUCAAGUGUCUGUUCACUUAACUGUUGACUCGUGGAUUUGAUGCCUUUGUUACCUCAGCCUUAGUUAAAAGGUAUUAGGUUUUUUAUAGUAGGUUUUUAGAUUUCAAAUUUUUAUACAAUAAGCUUUUCAACAACUGGUCUUGCUUCAGCGCAAUAUUCUGUAUGAUUUAGAAACUAUACGUUGAACUUAUUCGAUGUGUUUUUUGGUCAUGAUUAUGUAACCUUCAUUUCCUGGUUGUUGCUUUUAGAAAUGAAAAAUGUUACACUGGUGGCGUCUGUGACAGACUCUUUUGAUAAUUUAACUAUUGGCUCAUGGAACUUCUGACUUUGUUAUUUCAGCCGUAGUUAAUAAGGCUUCACAAGGUUGGACAUAUAUUGCUGCUAGUAUAAAUACAAUACUUUCUCUACCUUGGUCUAGGUUUAUGCAAAAUAGUCAUUGGUAUCUUAUCGUCUCGUGUGUAUUUAUUAUUAUUAUUAUGACAUGUAAAAAGAAUUCUCGAUCGAUGAAAUCAUCUUAUUAUGUAGUAAGUGCCAAAGUUCAAUUUUCCUGUUUGCCGAUUGGCCAAAACCGUAUCACGUGCUGGUCCACAAAACGUGAUGUUCACUGCAUGCUUUGGUGAGGGGCAACCAAUCAACAAUGAAACAAUUAUUGACCGGUCAACAAAAAACCGGAAGUGAGGCGCGAGCUGCUCGCGUCAACCAGAACGUUUAAAGCAAAGUUUUUUUAAGAGUUUCAGCAUAUCUGCCGGUCGGUUUUAUUAGAGUUUCGGAAUAGUGAAUACCAGGUGAAUUAUUGAGACUUUGACACUUGCUAUAUAAUAAAACACUUAUUUACUGAGACGGCGAUCUCGGGGCCACAAAACACGCAACCUCGCAAGCCAGGGUCUUUUACUUCCCGGUAAAAGACCCUGGCUUGCGAGGUUGCAAAACACGCUGUACGUUUCCCUCGGUCUCAGUAAAUAAGUGAUAUAUAUCACCCGAACGGCUGACCAAAUAUGUAAUUGUUACAUCAGUGACACAAUACGAGUCUUGCCUGGUCAUGCAAAUAUGGAUAAAAAUGUUUUAAAACUUAAUAUGAUUUGAUUUAGGACUGCAGUGUUUUACUUUUAUAGUUCAGUGGCUUAGGCCUGAAAUUGUCAAGAUGUUAACAAAACGUAUUAAGGAACUAUGCUUAUAACAAUACUCAUAUAAGGGUAUAAUAGCAAUGAAUUUUCCCUAUUCAUGCAGAAGUGGCAUGCAGAAAUUUAGUACGGGGCUGCAAUGAGGUGUUAAUUUUGUUGGACCAUACAGGUGUUUUGUUGGACCAUGGCUCUAAAAUAUGUUAUUAAGGAUACAUGAAUGAUUUUGUCAAUGAAAUGAACUUGGAUAAUGGGCGAGACGUUGCGCAUUUAAAAUAUUUUCCGUAAACGCUUCAUCUUCCGAGUGAUUCCUCCCAAGCUGAUUGCAGAUUUUUGGGCACACCUUUCGAAUUUCAUCGUCGAUCCAAAUUGAUAAAUUUGAAAUUUCAACAUGGAUACCUUUUAUAAUCAGGCGUAGUAGCUAUUUUCUUCUUUAGGGAACCACAACAUUACGGCAAACAAUUACUAAAUUUAAACGUGAUAGUUCUCUCUUCGCAUUUUGAAUUAUAUGUUUACAGUAUCAACAGUAUUAUAUAUUGUUAAGCAAUCGAUUAAUUAUCUAUUCUUUAUGCUUGUAUCAAAAUCCGUGUACUUAUCUCGGUGUCCUCGCUAGUUUGGAUGCAAUGAAAUCUCUAAGUCAUUGUGCUUGAGAAACCUAUGGGCUUAUGCCUAAAUAUAUCAAUACAAGAAAUCUUCGGAUUGAUAAGGUUUCAACUACCUGAAAAAUACAAGGAGAACUUCCACGUUUCGAGCGAAAGCCAUGCAUUCGUCGCGAAGAUACAGUUGCCCACGAAGAGCUUCGCUCGAAACAUCGAAGUUCUUGUAUUUUUCAGGUAUAGUGGUUUAUUAUAUAAUAGAGAGUGAGAUACUGAAAAAUACACAGUUUGAUAUUUUCCAUAUCUUCACUAGUGAAGAUAUCGAUCACGUGACUUUUUCCAAUUUGCUUUUGAGCGUGAAAUUUCACAAUUUUUUUGCUUGGGACUAUAUAAUAAACAAAACAUUAUACGGUGGCUUGAAGAUAUGACUUUUAUCUUCUCGUGUUAAAAACAAUAUUUUACUCACUCGCUGCGCUCGUUCGUAAAAUAUUGUUUUCACCACUCGAAGAUAAAAGUCAUAUCUCCGCGCCGCCGUGUAAUAUCCUCUAUAUAUUUCUAUCAAUCUGAAGCUUUCUUUCUGUUGGCACUACCAACACUGGCGCAGACCGUUCAAGAUUAUGUCAAUAUAUGUUUUAAAUAUGUAGAAAUAUCGCUUUACGUGAGCCAAUCACAGCAAUUGGUCCAGUCGGAUGGGAAGUUAACUGAGCAAGACCUUCAACAGGAAAAUUAGCCAACCGAAAUGUGUUGAGUAACUCACUGGAUUUUGAAUAAACUAACAAACGAUAGCUCGUCUGAUCAAAGAGGAAUGGAUCAUAAAUGAGAACGAGUACGUGUUUCCUUACAGGAUCAAAUACGACACCUCGUACAGUGUGGACUAGUUCUUUAGUGUUAUCUUUUCUUGGAAGCUUGAUAAUUUGUUUCAGUUCUCCUCCUUCUGUGUAUAUAUUCACACUUUCUCCACGAGGAUAAUUCACAAUUAUUUCAUUCUCGUCAGACGUACUUAAGCAUGAACACUCUACCGAUGAAUCGUAAUGUGGAAGAGAAUAAUAAGCUUUCAAUUUGCUGUCUUUGCUGUCAAAGAAAUGCAGUCGUCCUCCGGAGGAACAUGUGAUAAUGCUUUCCUGGGUGACCUUCAUGGAAAAAUCGAUUGCAAAAUAUUCAUCUAUAGGUAGCUUGAGUUCGCGUUUGAUACUUCCAGUUGAAUUAAAUACCAACACUCUUAUGCCAUUUGCGGACGUAUCCAAACAACAGAUGCCAAGGUAAAUAUCGUCGUUAGCGUCGAUAGUCAAAGAGGAUACCGAAUACAUCAGCUGUUUUUCUUCUAAUACAUUUUCACUGAAUAACUGAAUUUCUCCGGAUCUUUUCACCACUUUGAUACUGGCUAAGCGAUUCCAUUUGCCGUCAGUAAUAAAUAUUUGUCCUUUGCUAUUUACAGCACAACUGUGGUAUCCUUCGAUAGUCAGCCUUUCAGAAAAUGUAGUUUCCCAAGUUGCUUUCAACCCACUUUUCUCCACCGUUACCAAGUUUUCAUUAUCGUCAAAGAUUGGAUGAAAAGUGUGUCCGCGCAGAUCAAUAACAGGCCAGUUCAAACAACCAACGGAUGUCUUUGUAAAUUUCGAAAUGAAUUCAAGCAGGAUAAAAUUCAACGUGGUUAUUGAUCGUGAUUUUUCGAGCCUUUUUGCUUGAUUGAGACGAGAUUUCAUUCCUCCUUUAACAUGAACAGAGAAUAUUUCCCGAACUGCAGGCAUGUUGUGUAGUUCUUCGAUAUAUAAUAAGCAAUCCUGAGCUGCGGCGUCCGGGUCUUGCAAGCCUUCAAGAAUACGACUUGCAAUGCGAAGUUUGCUAGCCAUGAUACGAUCGUCAAUGGUUAGAGCGACAUUAUUGAAUGCGCGAGUUGCUUCUUCCCGAGAUGUUCUGAACGAUUUCUUAGCAUCUAAAAGGCGUUCUUUUGAAUCAAUUUUCAGUUCUCUGAUAAUAUUUGAUAGUGUUAAGGCACUAUCCAAGAAUGAAUCUCGCUUUGAGCUGAAAGUAGCGUCUUCUGAUUCCCCUCCAUCAUUGCCUGGUUCUACAUCAGACACUCUUGAAUUGUUUGUGUACUUAUCCUGAAGGCACAAGUUUAGUCUACAGAUUCCCUCUUUAAAGAAACUAAAACUGCUUAAUAAGUCUUUCCUCGCUAAGCCUUCGAGUCUACACUUAAUAUCAUCGAGUUCUCUAACAAUUAGUUUUCUAAAUUUUUCGUCCGUCAAGUCACCUUCACUGAGCCGACCUGCGGUAACAUCGCGAAUCUUAUCACAUAGUAUCCCGACUGUAAAGUUGAGAAAGCUUGUUAUAAAACCAGACAUGUUUAUCUCUAGGCGUAAAGCCUUCAAU